CCCUCUACCUCACAUCCGCAAAAAGGAAGACUUCGAUCUUGACCGUUCCGUAUCUCGACAACCACCCAUCCUCGCCGCCCCCGGGACCUUCAAAAUGAAGUUCAUGAAAGUGGGCCGUGUGGCCAUCAUCACCCGUGGCCGCUACGCCGGUAAGAAGGUCGUCAUUAUCCAGCCCGUUGAUGCUGGCUCCAAGUCGCACCCCUUCUCCUACGCCAUUGUCGCCGGUAUCGAGCGUUACCCCCUCAAGGUGACCCGUCGUAUGAGCAACAAGCUCAUCGACCGCCGCAGCCGCAUCAAGCCUUUCAUCAAGGUCGUCAACUACAACCACUUGAUGCCCACCCGUUACACUCUCGAACUUGAGGGUCUUAAGGGUACCGUCACCAACGACACCUUCAAGGAGGUCUCCCAGCGCGAGGAAGCCAAGAAGACCAUCAAGAAGGCCCUUGAGGACCGUUACACCAGCGGAAAGAACCGUUGGUUCUUCACUGCCCUGCGUUUCUAAACGGUUUACUUGGGCGUUUUGUCGUUUUGAGCGCACGGGUCUAGGUGAGGGCGAGGUCGAAAAACCAUCGAGCACAUUCGGUCCCUGCGAGCAUGGGAUGGGAAAACAUACACCAUGGCUGGAAACAGAUUCGUGAAUGUAUCGAUGAACUCCAGUUUUAACGGGGGCGCCACUUCAAUACCUGGUGUCCGUCUGAAUGAAAUGGAAAAUGAACAAUUAUUUCAAAAUCAAUUUUGUCUAUUACCCGAGAACUG